AUGUCAACAAUAGGCUUUACUCAGAGCACAAAACUCAGUCGGGAGGAUUAUCGAAGACAGAAGGAUCUAGAGGCAGCUAGAAAAGCUGGUACUGCCCCCGCUGAGCAGGAUGAAGAAGGGAGGGAUAUUAACCCUCAUAUACCACAAUAUAUUGCCAAAGCGCCUUGGUACCUUGAUACUGGAGGACCUACACUCAAACAUCAAAGGCUUCGGGAUGAGGAGGCUGUGUCCAAACCUGAAACAUGGUAUAUGCGUGGAGUAAGAGCUGGUCCUGCUUCUACAAGGUAUCGAAAAGGUGCUUGUGAGAAUUGCGGUGCAAUGACUCACAAGACGAAAGACUGCGUGGAGCGACCAAGAAAACUUGGUGCGAAAUGGACAGGAAAAGAUAUUCAAGCUGACGAGAUAAUACAAGAUAUCGAAUUAGACUAUGAUGCAAAAAGAGAUCGGUGGAACGGAUAUGAUCCAGCAGAACAUGCCAAAAUUUAUGAAGAGUAUGAAAAAAUCGAGGAAGCUCGUCGCAAGCUAAAAGCCAGCGAGCUCGAAAAACAAAGCACGACAGAGCUUGCCAAAAAAACUGGCGAACGAGUUAGCGGCGAAUUUUCUAGUGAUGAUGAGGAAGAAGAUGAGGACAAGUAUGCCGAAAGUUCAGACAUGCCUGGUCAAAAAGUCAAUACAAAGACACGUACUACAAUCAGAAACCUUAGAAUUCGUGAAGAUACGGCCAAGUAUCUAAGAAAUCUUGAUCCUAACUCUGCGUACUACGAUCCCAAAACACGUUCUAUGCGAGAUAAUCCGAACAAGCCGGACACGUCAGCUGAGGAUGCCGUGUAUGCUGGUGACAAUUUUGUUCGUUACUCGGGCGAUGCUCGACAAAUGGCAAAUUUGCAAUUGUUUGCAUGGCAAGCUUAUGAAAAGGGAACAGACAUUCAUUUACAAGCUAAUCCGACACAAGGCGAAUUGCUCCAUCGAGAGUAUUUAACCAAGAAAGAGAAGCUCAAGGAUUCUAGCAAGGACUCUAUUUUGGCUACUUACGGUGGAGAAGAACAUUUGGAUGUUCCACCUAAGGAAUUGCUGCUUGCUCAGACAGAGCAUUAUGUAGAAUAUUCGCGGACAGGAAGGGUUAUUAAAGGCCAGGAGAAGGCAAAAGCGAAAUCCAAGUACGAAGAAGAUGUAUAUAUAAACAACCAUACAUCAAUCUGGGGCUCAUUUUGGGCGGAUGGAAAAUGGGGUUACAAAUGUUGCCGUGCCUUUAUCAAAAAUUCCUACUGUACUGGUCUUGCUGGUAUCGAAGCCGCCUCUUCUAGUAACCUUCUAACGUCGACACCAGUACAAGCACAGACCGAAAAGAAGUCCCUCGUUGAAAUGCACACUGAAAAUCUUAGGAAAGGUAUUACUAAAGCGAAAACAGACGAUGAUGUUAAUAUACAUAUUAAGAGGAAGCACAUUGGUGAAGGAGAUGUGCAGCUGGAUUCCAAGAAAUUGAAAAAGGCGAUUGAGAACGAAGCGAAAAGGCAUGCUAGACUAUUACAGGAAGAACCAGAUGAUCGAAAACGGCCGUAUAAUUCAGCAUUUAUGAGUAAAGAUUCGAAAGUCGAUACGGAAGUUACGGAAGAGGAAUUGGAGGCUUAUCGCUUGAAGAAGUUAUCGCACGAGGACCCGAUGGCUAACUAUGUUGAUGAAGAAGAUGUAUAA